GGCCCGACCCGAUUCGGGGGAGAAACUGGUAUGGUAUAAAUAUUGAAACGACAUCCGUGACCUUGAUUUGGGUUAGAGCUAGAGAGUGUUGAGUGAUAUUUUGAGGUUGGAUUGGAGGAUCAUCAAAUAUGCAGCAGCAACAGGGUCAGAGUGGAGGAUCUGAAACGGAGGUGACAUGGGAGGACCAGCAGAACAUUAACAAAUUCGGAAGAUUGAAUAAUCGACUUCACGAGCUUGAAGAUGAGAUCAAAAUCGCCAAGGAAUCAAAUGAUAAUUUGGAGGAUGCAGGCAAUGAGUUGAUUCUUACAGAUGAGGACGUUGUUCGAUUCCAAAUAGGGGAAGUUUUUGCUCAUGUGCCAAAAGACGAGGUGGAGACCAGAAUAGAGCAGAUGAAAGAGGCCACUAGCCAAAAUUUGGAGAAGCUUGAAGAAGAGAAGGAAUCUAUAAUUGCCCAGAUGGCCGAGUUGAAGAAAAUUCUAUAUGGGAAGUUCAAGGAUUCCAUCAAUCUAGAGGAGGAGUAACAUUCUCAUAGUUGGAACCCUUGUAAUGUUUUGAGAAAAGAGAUUGUGAAAUAUGAAGACAAUGGCGUCAUAGUGUGGCCAUUGAUUUGAUUGGAUAUCGACAGUUGAAUUAAUUAAAUACUUCAGGGUUGACACU